AUGAAGGAAUUGCUCUUCGUGUGCUUUUUUUUCUCCAAUAUCGGAUUGGCUAAAUGUGAAAAUGGUCGUGAGGAUGUGUAUUUGAAGUUUUUGACGAAUUUCAUCGAUAAACAAGUCGAUCCAUGCGAGAAUUUCUUUCGACAUGUGUGCCCGAAAACGAUCAAAUCCUCAGAGUUACCUACGAAUAACGCUUUCACGGCCGAAGAGAAGGCACAAAUUCAACGAAAAAUGAUGCCAGCUGGAAAAAUUGAGAAAUUCCUUGCAUCGAUCAUCUUGCAUGGGAGAGAGUCGGAUAAUCCUAGCCUUGCAAACAAUGCCACAGAAGUCUUAAUUUUUGUGGCCGGAGUUCGUCUCCGACCGGCUUUAUUGGAAGUGAUUGAGGGAAAUGAGAUCUUGACAAAAGACGAUUAUGUGGCUGCGAAAUUGGAAAUGAGGGAAAUGCUCGAUGUGUUGAUUGAACAGAUCUGGAAAACCCCAUCGGUGACAGAUGAAACGAUGAAAUUUUACGAAAAGCACUUCAACUUCACGAAACUCUAUGAAACAUUGGAAAACUAUCUGAAAGUUUUACUUGAAAAGGCACACCAACAAUUCUUCUUUGCUGAUGACGAGCAUUUAUUUGUUUUUCAACAAUUAAACGAUCACCUCACACUCUGGCGUUACUUCAAUCCGAACUUUUUUGAUUCAAUCAUGAUGGGCGACAGUUUUAACGCUUUCGCCAACCCGAGCAUGGAAACGUUGAUGAUCGCUGAGGCACCGUUGAUCAUCGGAAAGGGGACAACACUCGCGGCAAGGUAUGGUGGCGUUGGCGGUGUGUAUGGACACGAAAUGAUGCACGAUGUCAUUCAAGAGUACGGAAGUGAUACAGAUAAAAAGGUGAAAGAAAAUCACGACUGUCUGAUCGGGUUCGCGCAACAAGUUUGCGGGGAAUACGUGGAUGAGGAAUGGAAACACGAAGAAGAGUGCAUUCCAGUGAAACGAGGGAAAAUCUGCAGUUGCAAGGCCGCGUUUUCGAUGGCAACCUUUUUCGAGUUCGUCGCCGAUCAAGAAGGUAUGCAAUUGGCGUUUUUGGCGCUGCAGAAAAGGCUGUCGGAAACGGAGAUGAAGAAGCCCACCUAUCCAACGAUUCCCUCAUUGAAACACAUUUCAAACGAACAGCUCUUCUUCUACGCCUACGCUGCGUCGUAUUGUGAAACGGAUGAAGAUUCUCAGUAUACUGCCGAAGAUGAGCAUCCGGCAGCUUAUGUCCGUAUCAACACGGCCCUUUCACUCUCCAAUGCUUUCAUGAAAAGUUUCAAUUGCUCAAAAGAUUCGCGAAUGUUCAAGUUACAAAAGAUGAAAGAAACGCGAUGCAAUCAAAUCGGCGAGCCGGUGAGACGAAAAAUGAAAACUUGGAGUAAU